GUCAGCUUGAAAGGCCACAGUAUGGGUUUUCCUUGGUUUUGCUUGAAUUGCGACUCAAAGAUUUUCCAUAUAUGACAAAGGCUGUUGCACGAAUUUUCGAGAAUUCAUCUCCCGCAUAUACAAUUUUUCAGUUGAAUAUCCAAUUAACCAGAAGCUGGAUACGUUCGUUCCUCUAGAUGGUAAAUACCAAACGAACCGAGGCAAUUCAGCUUCGGGCAACCCCUAUAGAAACGAUAGAAGAAAAUCAAGAUCUAGAGAUUGGACCGUUAAAUAGCAAUGGGUAUCUACCGGUUCCAACAUCAUCCAGCAAUCGGCAAUCUCGGCAUUCCCGCACAGAGUCAGGUUCAUCAUUCAAGAUGUUUACGCAUACAUUCACACCGGAAGAUGCAGGGGAAGAGGCUAAAGAUGUGACUGGUGGCGAUUCGAAGCGAUUAGCAGCUCAGGCUCUGCCAUCAUUACUCAUAUCAGUGGCUGGUCUUGUUAUAGCCGGAUGGCUGAUGGAUAUAUAUCAGCACUGGAGUGUGUUCACCCAGGUGUCCGAACUGUUCAUCCUGGUACCGGUACUUCUCAACUUGAAGGGUAAUCUUGAAAUGAACCUUGCUGCUCGAUUUUCCACCUCUGCGAACCUUGGUGAUUUGGACUAUAAACCAACCAGGAAUGCGCUGGUUUGGGGAAAUCUUGCGCUACUUCAGGUGCAAGCUUUGAUAGCCGGCUCUAUAGCCGGUCUGUUUUCUUUUAUUCUUGGCCUCAUUACGCAUCCUAACGAUGCCAACACGAUAUCGGAGAGCAUGCUUAUGAUAUCCUCCUCCAUGCUUUCGGCGGCAAUGUCCAGUUUUGUUUUGGGUGUGUUCAUGUGUGCCCUUAUUAUUAUAAGUCGAAUGUUCAGGAUAAAUCCAGACAAUAUAGCCUGCCCUAUGGCAUCUUCACUGGGAGAUGUUGUAACACUUGUAAUUCUAGCGGGAUGUUCUCAUGCGCUGCUCGCCAGUCUAGAUACCCUAUUUAGCACUUUCCUCUUCCUUGGAAUGAUGAUAUCUAUUCCUUUUUUUGCCCGUGCAGUGUGGAAAAACAAAUCUGUCAAAGAUCUCCUCUGGUCUGGCUGGACUCCAAUCAUUGCUGCCAUGUUUAUCUCAAGUUUGUCUGGAUUGGUUCUCGAGCAUUAUGUUGAGCAGUACAAAGGUCUCGCUAUGUUGACACCUAUUUUGGACGGUUUGGCCGGUAAUUUGGGAUCUAUAUACGCUUCCAGAAUCAGCACAUGUUUGCACGUAGGAAAAGUCGAGGACUACAACCGCGUUGAAUGGACGCUAUUAAUCAUGAAUGUCGUUGUUCAAGUGGUAUUUCUAAUGAUAAUAUGGGUACUCAAUCUCGGACAUCUCGAUUUUACUAUCUGGUUCUUCUUGAGUUACUUUAUGGUAUCAAUGCUUUGCACGUGGUUGGCUUUGAAAAUGGGCAAAUACAUGACAUUGGCCUGCUGGAAGCGAAACUAUGACCCUGACAAUUAUGUACUGCCUUAUCUAACUGCCACCAUCGAUGUCAUUGGCACAGGACUACUUGUAGUUUCUUUCUCGUGGCUAACAGAUGCUGGUCUUGCAAAUAUGGCAGCGGAUACUACUACUCUCUCUAAUAACCUGUGAUAUAACCCACUUUAGACAUUCCAUGAUACUUUUUAGAUAUCUAAUUGUAACAUUAUCAACCAAAAUCUCAAUAAACCACAAAAACAUGGCUAUUUUGUGAAUCUGCAUCAAA